AUGUUGAGCCUUGAACUCCCGCAGGGCAAAGUGCUCCCCCCUAGCCAAAUCGACGUGGACUUGGGCCCGUCGGAUACUUGGACGCCCCAGAGCUGGCGAAAGCGUCAGGCGAUUGCGCAGGAGAUUGAAUACAAGGAACCCUGGGCCCUCGAGGAAGUCUUGAGCACCGUCGCCUCCUUACCGCCCCUGGUCAGCACGGUCAAGAUUGAACUGGCCCGGCAACACUUUGCGGCCGCCGCUCGCGGAGAAGCCUUCAUCCUCCAGGGCGGAGACUGCGCAGAGAGCUUCCAGGAUGUCAGGCCCCUGAUCGUGCAGCAGAAGGUGCAGCUGCUGCACGAACAGUCGCGGCUGAUCAGCGACGCCCUGGGCCUGCCCGUGGUCACGGUGGGAAGAAUCGCCGGCCAGUAUGCCAAACCGCGAUCCUGCCCCUUCGAAACCCUGGCCGAUGGGUCCCAGGUCUACAGCUUCCGCGGCGAAAACGUCAACGGCUUCCAUCCGGACGAGCGCACGCCCGACCCCAACCGAUUGCUGCAGGCAUAUUUCCACUCCCGCGCGACGCUGGACCUGAUGAAAGCCUGCCCGUCCCUGCCGACCCCCCCGUCGGGCGAUCCCGUCGCUUCGCCCGGAAAGGACCUGUUCCGCACGAGUAUCCUGGAUGAGCUCGGACAGGGGGCCAUCUUCACCUCGCACGAAGCCCUCCACCUGCCGUACGAAAGCGCCGUCACCCACGGCCGCUACAACACGUCCGCCACGUUCGUCUGGAUCGGCGAGCGCACCCGCCAGCGCAACGGUCCGCACAUGGAGUAUAUCCGGGGGAUCCGCAACCCGAUCGGGAUCAAAGUGGGCCCGGCCAUGCGCCCCCAGGAACUGGUGGACCUGCUGGAUCUCAUCCGCCGCUCGCAAGACGGCCAGGAGACCCAGGACGGUCGAGUGACCCUCAUCACGAGGUUGGGCGCCGAUCAGGUCGAGACGGUGCUGCCGCCGCUCAUCCACGCCGUCCGGAAAGCUGGCCACACGCCUGUCUGGAUGUGCGAUCCCUGCCACGGCAAUACCAAAGUCACGCCGUCGGGGAUCAAGACACGCUCGGUCGAGACCAUCGUCCGGGAGGUCGUCCGCACCUUCGAGGUCCAUCGGGCCAAUGGGUCGUUCAUGGGCGGUCUCCAUCUCGAACAGACGGGAGAAUUCGUCACGGAAUGUGUGGACGCCUGGGAGACUUACUGCGAGCGAGAUCUGACGACCAACUACCGCAGUCUGUGUGAUCCGCGAUUGUCGUACAUCCAAGCCUUGACGGUGGUUCGGUCUUUCCUGGAUCAUGUCCGCCGUUCUACAGCGAAGGCAAUGUAG